CAGUCUCUCUCUAACAACGAUUUUGAUCACUCAAAGCGAUCUUUUCUAAAAUAUUGCAAUAGAUUAUCCAUAAUUUGUAUUAAUUUCUAUACGGAAAAAGCGAUAUCCUCUGACAAGUGUGACCCUGACCGUUGCAGUUGAUGAGAUUUUAAUAAUAUUGUUAUUAGUUACGAUAAACUUUAUGCAUUUAGUAUAAUUUAUAAGAUAUUCCUGGAAGUUAUCGAUCACAGUGAACACGUAAUUAUUUUAAUAACAGUAUUAUAAAAUGGCAGAAAUAAAAGGGGUAAAUAGGAACGGAACAGCAGUGAAAGUAAUUUUUGACGAUGGAUAUGAUUUAACAUUCGAAGGUUGCUGGUUGAGGGAUCACUGCAGGUGCCACGAGUGUUACGAUACAAAAACAAAACUAAGGACUGCCCACAUUUUGGAUAUUCCUGAAGUUGAUAUUGAUGAAGCCAUGUGCAAAGAUAGGAAACUCAUAAUAAAAUGGUCAGACAGCCACGUAUCGAGUUAUAAUGGAGACUUCUUAUCAGAAUUCAAUUACGAAACGUGGAGCAAGAGUCGGAGGAGUUCACCGAAACUCUGGCGGGGCGAUGAUAUCGUAAACAAAGUCGCUAAGGUCCCGGUCAAGAAAUUUCUUAACACUACUGAUGGAGCAUCUGCUGUAUUCCAGUCUUUACUGGAUUAUGGAGUUGCUUUUAUAGAAGAUGUCGAACCAAGUCUAGCAGCUACGGAAGUAGUGUGCAAGGCAUUAGGAGGUGUUCAGCAUACAUUAUUUGGUGGUAUGUGGGAGAUCAGCCCGGAACCAGGAAACAAUGAUACCGCUUAUAUGAGCGUGGGUUUACCUCAGCACACAGAUCUUUCAUCCUUCACUGAGCCAGCGGGGCUUCAAGUAUUCCACUGUAUACGACACGAUGGCUCUGGUGGAGCGAGCGUUAUCUCAGAUGGAUUUUAUGCAGCAAUGAAAUUGAAGGAAGAAAACCCUAAAGAUUUCGCUUUCCUGACCACAUUCAAGGCGGAGGCUGAUUACCAGUUCGAUGGUCAUUAUUUUAGACACGCUGCACCGAUGAUUGAACUGGAUCAAUAUAAUGAUGUUCGUCUAGUAAGAUUCAAUACGCAUGACCGUUCCUCUAUGGCAUUUGAAAGUGGCGAGCAGUGCAAAAACUAUUACCGGGCAAUCAGGAACUUCGCUAAGCAUAUUGAAAAUAAAGAAAAUCUGUGGACAUUUAAAUUAAAACCAGGACUCAUCAUGGUCUUUGAUAACUUCAGGGCUUUUCACGGAAGAACUGAGUUUACAGGAAUGAGAGUUAUAGUUGGCAGCUACGUAUCACGUACUGAUUGGCUCGACAAAGCUCGAAGCUUCAAGCUUAUUCAGUAGUAUACUUGUAUAAAUCUUGUACUUAUUUUUUUAUAUAGUAUGUGAAAAUUGGAUUACUAUUUACAUUAAUAUGCACUCUAAUAUGCACCAACUCUGUCCAGUGUACACAUGCCUGAAUACAAGAAUUAAUGAAAUA